AUGACUAUCAGUAUCCAGGACGAGUAUGCCCAGCUCAUGGCCCCUAAUAAGGAUGGUCACUACCUAUAUAAACCUCAACCAUUUAGUAUCUUCCACCCCGGCGUGAUUGGGUACUUCGACAACGACGGAGAUUGGCACUUCAUUACCGAUAUUUCCCAGCCUGGACAUCCUGAAAGUCUGGGAUUCACAGGGCUUGGUCGGACCCUGUACCCCACAGAACCCAAAGAAAGCAUGUGGAAAACCAGGUCCUCGGGAAGUGAAGCCGAAGCAAGCUUCGGGCUCACUGGAGGACUUUCAGGUGCCAUGACUGCUGCCCCUAUGGAUGUGUCAGCUAAUGCAAAGAACAAAUGGGGCAAGACGGGAAAAGCUGCGCUUAUCACCGGCCAGGUAGUGGUAAGUGAAAGUUUUAAGGAUCCUUACACAAAGCCGAUUGAGGAAUGGGUCAAGAAAAAUGCAAAGGCUCUUGUGGACUCCGACUAUGGUGCCGAUAUCAAAGAAUACGGACUGUGGGCUAUCCAAAAGACAUGGUCAACACAGGAGUGUGCCGUUACUAUGCAAAGCGCCCAUAACCGGGACACCAGCGCGGGUUUGGAUCUCGGAGCCACCGGUGUUGGGAAGAUUGGAGGUAGUGGAUCGUCCCUUGUAAAGGGCAACAUUGAGGGCUGGACGACGUACAAAGCAAAACCGAGCGAGAUUGCAUACGUMGUCUCGUACGCCGGGCCUAUCUACAGGCUUCACAGCAUUCAAAUGUUCCGUAGCAACCCACUCAAGCAGAUCCAAAAGCAGGCUUCGGACGAUACCGAGUACUGCAAACCCGUUUACGAUGAGAACGGAAACCAGACUGGAUUUGAGUUCUUCAGGCCCGUGUAUGAUGAGAACGGGAAGCAGAUCGGAGAGAAGAAGAUCGACAGAGAAGCCGAGGAGAAACAACGAGAAGAAGAAAGGAAAAAACUGGAAGAAGAGGCCAACCAGCUUGAAGAAGACUUCUAUGUUGAGAGCGCUGGUACUAUCGGAUUGACUGAUAGCGACGACGAAGCAGAGGAGCAGGAAGCUCGUGUCGAGGAAGAAAAGCGCAAGGAAAUCAUGAAAAAGGUCGCAGUGAUAAAUCAGAUACCGGAUGAAGAGCAGAAGAGGGCUGAGCUGCUCAAGUUGAUGGAAGAGAGACUGACGGUGACGACCACAACUGAGUCCGUGACUAUGUAG